AUGAAACCUCCUUUGUCUUCAUCGCUUCUCCUAGCCCUUCCAAUAGCCCUGGUGGCUUCGACAGCUUCCGGGGACAGGGACUCCCUUCUCAAAGACAACAAGGCCUGGUAUCUGACUGAUACCCAUAUUCACGCCAUUCCGCCAGGUUACAAGAAUGCUCUUGCAGAAGCUGGCGGUGACCCAUCGGGCUAUCCCACUCCGGAUUGGUCUGAAGAAGGCACGUUGGAGAGCUUGGAUUGGACCGGAUCUGCUCGGGCGGUGCUCUCGGUCUCAACGCCAGGAAUUCCCAUCGCUGGCACCAGUCAGCAGGCCCGUAAUCUCUGCAGAGAAACAAACAAUUACCUAGCCGACCUGGUGAACAAGCAUCCAUUGCGCCUGGACUUCUUUGGCGCCCUCCCGGAUUGGCGAGAUGUAAACGGCACCCUCGAAGAGAUUGACUACAUCUACUCGAUCCAGAAACAGGCCGUCGGCGUGGGGCUCUACACUUCGUAUGGUGAUCUCCUGCCUGGUGACGCCAUGUUCAAGCCAAUCUGGGACAAACUGGAUAGCUACGGCGCCUUGGCCUUCAUGCACCCAGGAAUCAUGGACGUGAAGCCCUUUUUCAUCGGCGGAUUCCUCCCCCAGCCGAUCAUUGAUUACCCUCAACAAACCACCCGCGCUGCCGUGGACCUCGUUGUCAGCGGCGUCAGAUCGAACACGCCGAACGUCGACUUGGUUCUUUCACACGCCGGCGGCACCCUCCCAUUUCUUGCUCAGCGCGCAUACGGGAGUCUCACCAGCGAAGACAUUGCCAAAAACAGUGUUGUCGAUGCGGCGGAAGCUCUGGUCCAGUUCAAGCGUUUCUAUUACGACACCGCGCUCAGUAACUCGCCCGCCCAGCUGAGUGCGCUUCUGCUGAGUGUCGACCCGUCUCACAUUCUCCUGGGAACGGACUACCCAUAUGCGCCCGCGGAGACCAUCAAGGCCAGCUUUAAGGAGUAUACUGAGUGGUUGAAGGUCCAUCCGGCACUGUCGGCUGAUGUUCUGACUCAGAAUGCAAUGAAGCUGAUUUUGAAGCAUGCCCUGUGGAAGUGA